AUGACAGCAAUCCUUCGCUUGUGUCUGAUUUUGCAGGUUACCAUCAUCUUGCUCCAUCAUCAGCAUUGCUUGGCAACUGUUGUGGAAGUCUACGAAUCGUCCCUUGGAGGGAGCAGCGGCAUUGAAGGAACCACCCUUGCGGCGCCCUUUAGCGACUCGUCUACUGGAGUUGCUCGCUUUCAACACGUCUUCAAGCCUCAACUGGAAACCUAUAUCUUUUCGAAUGGACGCCAUGAAUCAAGUGGCUUGAAUUCCUUUGUGACGGUCGACAUGACAGUGGCGUCCAACGACGACCCUCUGGCUCCGUUUCGAGGUGCGACCGAAAAGUUGCUGGAUCCAGGGGCCAGUGGCGCCGCCUAUACGUGGGUCAGUACGUAUACACAAGUUUCCUCAUCGACUGUUGUGAGACACUAUGCCUUGUUUUCCGGUGGCAACACGCGUGACAAUCAAGUCUUUCCUUCCCAACUGUACUCGUUUGACGAAAACCAAGAUGGCACUCUCCAACCAGCCGUGUUGCAAUGGUCUGCUAAUCCCAAUCUUCCAGCGCGAUUUGCCCUUUUGGUCGAUCUUGGGGCCAUUCCUCAAGAUCCCAAAUCUCCCAAUGGGCCCAUGGUGUCCGUGGAAGGAUCCGUGGACAUUGUCAUUGCUGGAUUUGCUGGGAUAGAUAUUUAUUCCCAGGCACAAUCAACUGCAGAAGGAGGAGGAGGGUGGACAGCAACACGAUAUGUCCCCAUUAUUGGAUCUACGUCAAGAACCUAUGUGGGUGUGGAUAUUCUGGAGGCUCCAUCCCUGGGCAAGUUCUUGGUUAUAGUCGCUCGGAGUCCCUGGAGCAUGGCCGGGGAGGAUCUGGAUGCUCCCUGCUUCAUCUAUGAUUACCGCAACAAUGCGCUUCUUCAUCCCUUUGCUGCCAUGGGUCAAACCGUUUCCGUGGCGGUCAUGGACGACAAUACACAAAUGAUGGUGGGAGCGGGAGGACAAAACAACAUACAGGGACAACCCAACUUGAUGUACAAGUUUCUGCCUGGAUUUUCACCAAUCCCCUGUGAGCUUGCCGAGACACAGCUCGUUCCGGGAGCUCCCGCAACCUUUCAGCCCAUGGAAUUUGAUGACAUUUUACCCACUCCCAGCGACGAGUACGCAACUGUGGCUCUGUCAGGACUGACCAAGACACGGCAAGUCAUUCCAUUUCGCAUACCGGGACAGCCCAAAGACUAUAUCCUGGAAGUCAAUAUUGCACAGCCAUCAUACAUUUACUGUCGAAACAGUAAUGGAGAGACGUUUCGCAUUAUCCCUCUCCCUGGAUCAGAAGGUCUUAUAGAUGUCUUUGCAAGGGCGGCUGACAUCUUGGUUCAUGAGAUUGCUGUGUACGUCGUCUUGGCCAUGAAUUCCGGCGAGAAUCUAGUGUAUUCCGUCAACCGCAACUUGCUCUUGGCCCCGCCAGCUCCAACAACUACCGUGGCGCCAACGACAGUCGUUCCAUCCACGCAUGCGCCAACUACGAAUGCCCCAUCCACUGCCACACCCACCACUGGACUGCCCACUACUCCAUCGCCAACAACGAUUGCACCCACCACUCCAACACCCACAACAGUGGCUCCGACAACCCCGCAACCCACUGUUACUGCUGAAGCACCCACAACCAAAACACCAACAGCAAUAACAGAUUCUCCGUCGCCAGCUCCCACUCAGCUAAUAAUGCCAACCACACCGCAACCAACGCUUCCUCCAUCUGUAUUGUCGCCCGCACAAGCACUUCCACAACAAAAGGAUGCUCCGUUGGAGCCAAAGUGUGGAUCUGUGGCAUCCUCUGCUGGUUACGGUGGUGUGGGAGGCCAAAGCAAAGGGUGCGAUAGAAUUCGAAACUUGCGACGGAAAAAGCGCAUUCGUGGACGGUGA